AUGGCACAUUCAAUAUUCAAAUAUCACUACCCUAUGAUGCACUACAACGACCCCGAUGUUGAAAUAAUCGUAAAGACGCUUACAAAACACAAACAAAACCUUGUCAAAUAUAUACGAAACGAAUUAACCACUUCGACGACACACGGACUGUCCUACUUAGUAAAACAGCGUAUACAUUGUUUGGAAAAGCUUUUCUGGAUAGGAAACUUUGUGGCAUGCGUGAUACUUGCGGCGCUGCUACUAAAUGUGCAGUAUAGAAGAUUUAUCGCGGCGCCAACCGUGAUGAGCGUCGAGAUGAACUACUUCGACUGGAAUAUUUCAUACCCUGCAGUUACGCUUUGUCCGCUUUACAAACCAGACGUAAAAAAAUUUCACACGUACAUCAACCAAACAUAUAAUUACACGGGAUUACACGUGGAGGGAUAUUUAUGGGCAAUAUCGCAAGCUGCGCUGGACACUUUGGAAUAUAUGGACUUAAAUGCUCCGGAAGAUGUAAUCCCGCUAAUUCAUCCGAAAGAUUACGCGACAUUGGCGGCCUCAAUGUUCAGGAAAUUUGAAAACACAUGGCUGACCACUAAUACGAACUGGUCGAUUACUGUGGAUGCAGCCAUGACGGAAAUGGGCAUGUGCCACGUGAUUAAUUCCAAUGUUGCGAUAUAUGACAAACCUCACCACUGGAAUACUGGAGCGCCAACUUACGUGAAAAGUAAUAUAGAGCUUUCUGUAUUUGAAGCGAAUUUCGUUACUGAGAUAACGAAUUUUUCAAAUAUUUACAAGGUUUUCAUCCACAGCCCCGACGAAGUAACGACGAGUACAACAUCCUCGUUCGGUUUCGACGUGGAGGGGAUAAUCUCAUUUGGCUUGUCUGUUUGGAGUAGCAGGAUAUCGGACUCACUGCAUUAUAAAUCACUUUAUCUACGAAAAUGCAGAUUCAUUAAUGAGCCUAUAAGCAAAAGAUAUCCUAUUUAUUCAUACAGUCAUUGCAUGUUAGAAUGUAGAAUCAAGAUGAUCCUGAAACUUUGCGGCUGCGUGCCGCAUUUCUACAAGCCACUAGAUCAUGAACGUAUAUGCUACAUAACGGAGCUGAAGUGUAUUUUGCACUAUAAAAAAGAAAUAAUUGGUCUAAAAAGUUCAAACGAAACAUUAAGAAAGUUCCACAACGACGAAGAGCUGGCGCGCUCGGCUCGCGAGUGUGGCUGCCUCAGCUCCUGCGCGUUCGACCUCUACUAUAAAGAUACAGAGGAUUUUGAACCUAAAACGGGAUUCAACAAAUUAAUAAUAAAAAUCACAUCAUUCCCAAAAGUCAGAGUCGUGAGAGAUGUCAUCUUCAGCUCUUAUGACAUCUUGUUGAGAAGCGGAGGCGUCGUUAACUUAUGUAUCGGCUGCUCUAUUAUAUCCAUCAUGGAGUUCCUGGUAGUAAUUCUUAAAAUUAUCUUCUAUACGAUCGUGAAAGCACUUGGACAUUUUAAAAUUUGUGAAUUGAAAACUUUUAAUAAGUCAAAGUAAAUGUAAA